AUGAUUACGCCUACGCUCUCGACGUCAUCGUCUUUUGUCAGCAUCGCGAGCGAGAUUUCGCUUCUGUCCUUGUCAGACACCAGCUCCCGUCGUGGUGGUGGCUACGGCCACUCUCUUCGGGGACGCAUCUUACGAAGCAAACAGAUCGACUUUGGUCAGAUACGCGACUGGCUUCACGAAUGCGAAACCCAGCAUGACGACACCUGCAACAUGCCGCACUCCGAGACGACCAGAGCAGGUGGUCGGAGCCUCGCGGGCAUGUUGCUCAUUGACGUGGGAGAGAGGAAGGUCGUUACUGCGCCGUCGGGUGCCAAGUUCGCGGCGCUGAGUUAUGUGUGGGGGAAGUGGGGAGGCCAGAAAGUGAUAUACGCGUCGAGCUCCAACAUAGCUUUUCUCCGCACUCCGGGAGCGCUCAAUGGCAUCCACUUACCGGUAGUUGUUCGUGACGCCAUGGAUUUGGUUAGUCGAAUAGGCCUCAGAUAUCUGUGGUGCGAUCUGCUUUGCAUCGUCCAAGACAACACAGCCCUCAGAGAUCAGCAAAUAUCCCAAAUGGAUGUCAUCUACAGCAAAUCGCACUUGACUUUGGUGGCGCUCACCGGCGAACAUGGCAAUGACGAGCUCCCUGGUGUAAGAGAAGGGACCAAGAGGAAGGAAAUCUGCUCGCUCGCCGAGCUCAGCAGCGGCACCAAGUUUAUCGCGCGACCUCCGUGCCUGGAUUUCAUUCGCACCAACACCAUCUACGAGCACAGGGGAUGGACGUUCCAAGAACGGCUCAUGUCGCGGCGGUGCCUGUACCUGACCGACCGCCAAAUCUACUUCCAGUGCCCCUCC